AUCAGAGAGGAGCGUCGCAUUACACGAACCGCGUUUCCACGAGAAAGCCGCCGAAAAUGACUCGGUUCUGACAGGCCGUCAAGCAUUGGAUGUACUUCGACUCGCGCUGUCGUUUGUUUUUUUUAAUAGUUUGUUCUGAAAACGUUGUUUCCGGAGUGUAAAAGAAUCAACAAGUAGUUGGAAAAGUCGGAAAAACACGCCAUCCUUCACAGGAUGGAUAAAUCCACAACGAUGAAAAUCAUGAUCCCUAUUAUCAUUGCUUUGAUGUAUGUGGGUCAUGGAUUGGCAGAGCUUGGGUUUGCAGGAGACUUGCAGAACCGUACUGCGAGACAGCUAAACUGCGUGGAGAACCAGGAAUACCCUCACAACGGCUUCUGCUGCAAGAACUGUGAUGCUGGCACUUACGUAAAACAAAAGUGUACCAGUGACCAGGGAAAGGGCACUUGUGCUAAAUGUGAGAAGGGCACGUAUGCCGAACACCCCACAGGCAUGGAUCAGUGUUUGCAGUGCAGCCAGUGCCACAGAGAUCAGAUCGUGGUCGCAGAAUGCACCCCAACAAACAACACCAAGUGUGAAUGCAAACCCGGUACCUUUUGCCUGCCGGAUGAGCCCUGCGAAGUGUGCAAGAAAUGCGCCAGGUGCAAAGCUACUGAGGAAGAAGUGAGCCUCUGCUCUGCGACAUCCAAUACGAAGUGCAAACCAAGGCAAAACUCUCCUCCGACAGAAGGUCCAACGGACAAGCCCUCGGGAUCAAAUAACACUAUUCCUAUAGCUGUUAGUGCAUCACUUUUAAUAUUGCUGAUUGGAAUACUUGGUGGAAUGUUUUUACUCUGUAAGAGACGUCAGCGUCGACUAAGCGAUCCUGUUGGUGAUUUAAAAGAAGUAAAGGUUCCUAUUGAUGUGCUUCCAAGAUCAGAAGAAGAACAAGAGAACAGCCACAAUGCUGGAUUAGAGAGGGAAGAGGGGCAACGCCCAGAGUCCCGCCCCUUGUUAACGCAAGAAACACAGGAAACGGGCACCAAAAGCAUACCAGUGGAGGAUGAGGACCGGGGAUUGGGUGACAGCUUGCCAAACACUACCAGCUCUUCCCAAACCAGCCUAUCUGCCCUCCCUCCUACAGUCUACAACGAGGAAUCGCCACGAUCGAGUCCCCCAGCCACAAGACAGACAGAGACAGUUACAGAGCCAUGGGCACGGGAUGAUGGUCCUCCCAGAAGACUUGUUCCUUUACUUGGCGAGGAGGAGUCUCUAAGCAAGAGUUUCGACCUGUUUGACACCCUGGAUGUGCGGUACCACAACAAGUUUUUCCGCAGCAUUGGCGUGAACGACAACGCCAUCAAAGUGGCAGAAACGCAGCACCCUGUGGACAAAGUCUACGACCUCCUGCGGGUUUGGAUGCAAAAAGAAGGCCUGCGGGCAAACAUCAACACUUUACUACAGGCCCUGCUUGACCUGGACCAGCGGUAUUCGGCGGAGCACAUCGCCUCCAAGGCUGUUGAGCGAGGCUACUACAAAUACGAGUGAUGUCUUUUCAAGACUGCAAGAUAUUUGAGUGCAAAAACUAAAUAAUGGAGAGGUGUAGAUUCGUUUUGAUUUCUCCCCAGUGGGCCUGCGGGUCUCUUGGCAUGAACUUGUUAUGGAGACAUAGGAGAAUCACCUCUCUGUAGCGCCCAAGUUGGGUUUAAAAGCCAACACUGGAGCUUUUUGGAGGAUUUACACUGGCUAGCAGCAGAGGGCGACGCGUUGUCUCUCUCUCGUCCGUGCAUUGUAGUGUUAUUCCAUGCACUGGUCUCAGGCUUUUAAACUACAGGUUGGUCCAAAGCCGACAUGUAACCUUUGGUUACGCCAAAUGUUCAAACUAAAACAAGCGUGUUUAGUCCUGACAGGCACAAACCGAAGAUGUUCACAAGCCUCACACUACACGUAGUUGUAUUUCUGCAGUGAAACACUUCUGUUCUCAGCUACAAACCUUGUUAAACUCGGUUACAAGUGAACAAACAUGCUUCAAGAUGAGGUUCGGGUUGAGUUUUGGAUUUCAGAUUUCAUUUGACGUUCAGAACAUUCAGACUUUUUUUCUUCGGUUAUUCCAGAAUAUCUCGUAGUCAGGCUGCCCCUGAAUUUUGCCAGUCUGUGAAAGGUUUUUUUUUUUUUUUUUUUUUUUUUUUGUUCCCCACAAAUGACCGCUCUUCAUCUGUUUGGUGCGAGGACGAGACGGUUUUUCCAACCUCUCGACCAUUCUUGCCUGUUCCGUUUUCCUUAUUUAUAUUUAAAUAAGCGAUGUAUUUAUUUGUUUUGUGUAAUUACGUAUUAUUUAUACCUGUUACCAAUAUUCACCUACAGAAAGUGUUCCUGAAGCGUUUAUCGUGCCUUUCAAGGCGGCGUGACUGAGAUGCUCAAAUCCUUCUGGUCUUUUCACAAGCCUUUAAGUGCCAUCUUCAAAUGCAUUUCUGCAUUCACCCAGAGUGUGUGGCUUACUAAAGACGCACCAUGUCUUGUUAUAUGAAUCACAAAACGCGUCCUCCUCUGUAGAUUUCAUGCAACCGGCUAAUGGUGGUGUCGUUUAUGUUCUGAAAAAAUUAAGAAAAGCUUGAAAGAGUACCACGGUCAGUAUCUCUUGGACGCUUGUAUCUGCUUCCACAGGUUGAACUAAUAUCGGAUAAGGAGGCAUUUCAAAUUUUUGCUCGCUGUUCUUGUUUUAUAUGCGGUAGUGCACAGGUACGUGUUUUAGAUUAGCUAAAAGAUGAAGGAAAUGUAUGUUCAUCCGCAAACUACUUACAGUUUAAUUGCCUUUUGUCUAGUAUGUAAAUAGUUGUCGAGAAUUCUAUUAAACGAAACUAAUGGAUAUAUAUUUAUGGAAGCCCUAAAAGCACAACAUAAUGAAGUACUGCCUAAAAAAAAAAAAAAAAAACGAACCGAAGGGAUAAAUUGAAAUUAAAAUGAACAAGCAGAA